AUGGAACCAGAGAAUCUUACAAGAGUUUCAGAAUUUGUUCUCCUGGGACUUUCAGAGGAGCCAGACCUGCAGCCCCUCCUCUUUGGGCUUUUCCUCUCCAUGUACCUGAUCACUGUGUUUGGAAACCUGCUCAUCGUCCUGGCCGUCAGCUCAGACUCCCACCUGCACACACCCAUGUACUUCUUCCUCUCCAACCUGUCCUUUGUGGACAUCUGUUUCACCUCCACCACCAUCCCCAAGAUGCUGGUGAACAUCCAGACGCAGAGCAAAGUCAUAACGUAUGAAGGCUGCAUCACGCAGUUGUACUUUUUUAUACUCUUUGUAGUGUUGGAUGACUUUCUCCUGACCGUGAUGGCCUAUGACCGCUUUGUGGCCAUCUGUCACCCCCUGCACUACACGGUCAUCAUGCACCCCCAGCUCUGUGGACUGUUGGUUCUGGUGUCCUGGAUCAUGAGUGCCCUCAAUGCCUUAUUACAAAGCUUAAUGGUGCUCAGACUUUCCUUCUGUGCAGACUUGCAAAUCCCCCACUUUUUCUGUGAACUCAACCAGAUGGUCCAACUUGCCUGUUCUGACACCUUUGUUAAUAACCUGGUGAUGUAUUUUGUAGCUGUGCUGGUAGGUGGUGGUCCCCUGACUGGGAUCCUUUGCUCUUACUAUAGGAUCGUUUCCUGCAUACAUGCGAUGUCCUCUGCUCAGGGGAAGUAUAAAGCAUUUUCUACCUGUGUGUCUCACCUCUCGGUCGUCUCCUUAUUUUAUGUAACAAGCCUAGGAGUGUACCUCAGCUCUCCUGCUACCCACAAUGCACGCUCUAGUGCUACAGCCUCGGUCCUGUACACAGUGGUCACCCCCAUGCUGAACCCCUUCAUCUACAGUCUCAGGAAUAAAGACAUAAAGGGGGCUCUGAAAAGUCUUAUAUCUAAGUCUUCCAUCCAUUUUGGGUUUAUUCCUGUAUAUGGUUACUCCAAUACUCACAGACGAGACAGUACCUGA